AUGGUUUCAGCCAACACAUCUGUGGUUCAUGAAGAGUUUGGAAUAGUUGAAGGUUUGAUGACAACUGUACAUGCAACAACAGCAACACAAAAGACCGUAGAUGGCCCUUCUAUGAAGGAUUGGCGAGGGGGAAGAGGGGCAGGGCAAAAUAUAAUUCCAAGUUCAACUGGUGCUGCAAAGGCUGUUGGGAAAGUUCUUCCUGAGCUAAAUGGUAAACUCACUGGAAUGGCUUUCCGUGUACCGACUCCCAAUGUUUCUGUAGUGGACUUGACUUGCCGGCUUAAGAAGAAUGCUUCCUAUGAAGAUGUUAAAGCAGCAAUAAAGUUUGCCUCAGAGGGCCCACUGAACUAA